AAACCUCCUCUAAUAAGAAAGAGACAAGAAAAAAGAAACCAAAAGUCCAUUUGUUUUCCAACUUACUCAAAAUCCCGGAACCGGUGAAAAUACAGCUACCCUAUAGGCCUAUACCUGAUAUAGCCUUUUAAAUUACUCACACAUUUGCAAAAUUUCUUUUGUUCUCUUUCUUCCUCUAUUUCUAUAAUGUCUUCAAAGAUCAAGAAAUGGAAUGUUGGAAAAUUAUUCAUGUGCAAUGGAGCAGGUUGUAGUGGUUGUAGCAAACCAAAGUUAGCAAAUAUCGUAGAACAAAAUCCAAAGCCCAAAAUCCCUAUUGACAUAAAGCCAUCACCUAGCAUUUGUCACACUUCUUCAAGUUGUGAGAUCAAUGGUGUACAUUCCAUGGAUGAUUUUUAUCAAGAUGAUCAAACUUCCACCACAAUCUCCAUCAACAUAGGUUCGUCACCUCCACCAAGUUCGGAGCAAAAUGAUGAUACUAAUUUGUCGCAGUCAGAGAUGAAUUCAGAAUUUAAAGUCAGAACAUGCCCAAAAAUUGGUGGCAAUCAUGCUAUCAUCAAAAAUUUGGAUGAUCCAUUUCAGGAUAAUCAAACUUCCACCCCUUUCUCCAUUAUUAACAUAGAUUCAUUAUCUCCACCUAGUAUUGAUGAAAAAUAUGACACCAAUCUGUCACAGUCAAAGACAACUUCAGGAUCUAGAGUCAGCACAUGCCCGAAUAUUGGUGGCACCCUUGAUAUCGUCAAGAAUUUGAAUGAUCCAUUAUUUCAAGAUAAUCACACUUCUACGACCUUUUCCAUUAACACGGAAUCAUUAUCUCCACCUAGUUCUGAUCAAAAUAAACAUACCAAUAUGUUACAAUCAAAAGCGAAUUCAGAAUUUAGAGCCGGUUCAUGUCCAAAAUUUAGCAGUACUCUUGCGGUCGUCAUUAAUUCGGAUGAUCCAGUUCAAGAUUUCAAGAAAUCGAUGCUCCAAAUGAUUUUUGAGAAAGAAAUCUACUCACCUGAAGAUAUGAAGGACCUCUUGAAUUGUUUCCUACAGUUGAAUUCACCUUCUAACCAUUAUAUUAUCAUUCAAGCCUUCAUGGAGAUCUUGAAUAAUAGAAUGGUUGUCUUAAAGGGACCUGAAAAAGAGAAAUAACCAUGUUUAUCUCCUUAUUCUCCAAAGAAUUCAGUCAUGGAACUAGGGGCAGAGCUACAUGGGUUGGAGGGGUAGUUCAAUUGAAUUUCCUUCAUUAAAAAUUACUUGUAAAAUUGAGAGAAAUAAUUUGGUGGUCUAUAUAUAAAUUGUUGAAUACAUUUAUAAAUAUAAGUAAAGCUUCUAGUGUAGUGACAAAGUUGACUAAAAAAAAUUGUAAUUCACAAGUUGAAAUAUCAAGUGUGGUAUUCUAGUA